AUGAGCCAAGCGCCGCUUAAGGAUUAGUGAGAUCGCUUUUGGCAUUAGAAGAGCAGACAGGCGCAAAAUGCGAGCACGCAAAGUUUGGUGACAUUUAAUAACUAGAACACUUUCAUGGACACUUAUUAAACGUUCCUAAAGAGAAGUAGGCUACUAUCGCUUCUUCAUAAGUAACCCGGCUUUCAGAAGGACUUCUAUUUAAAGACUAUUAAGGACUCUUUGUCAUCGUAUUUUUGUUCUGGACUCCGUGUUUAUAAAGGGAAAUACAUUCUUUCGUUAAAUUUGUAUUCUUCAGUUUACUUUGUGCUUCCAUUGCUUUGGGAUAUAACAAGGAAGCCGUUUUUGAAAAACUUUUGGGAUGUAUGUUUAAGUGCUGUGAUUUUACUUUGCGGUUGGAAACAAACAUUUCGAAUAGUUUCUCGUUUUUUGUGUGUUUGUGAAAUGCCUACACUGGUGCUUUUCUAACCGGUGCGCCCAAGCUUUUCUUGGAGCUGGAGCUGUUUAUAGCAUCACUAUCACGUAACGUUGCAUUUGGAUGCACAUGUGUUUUUUAAAUCAUAGACAGUAAGCGGCACUUGAACCCUGCGAUGCAUAAGUUCUGCCUCACCGUACUACUAGUGCUGCGCGGACUCAUCAUCUGCGUCUGUUCCAGCGAUGAACAGCAGCACCUUGGACUCUACAAGGACACGACUGUGACCUCAACAGAUCCAUGUCUGCGAGUGAGCCCUCCAUGUAUGACAGAGGCUGACCGCUUCAGUCUGGAGGCUCUUCAGCACAUCCACAGAGAGAUGGAUGAUGAUCAGGAUGGAGGCAUUGAGGUGGAGGAGAGUGUUGAGUUCAUCAUUGAAGAUAUGCAGCAGCAACAACAGGCAAACAAACACAGUAAACUCCAUCACGAGGACCAGCAUAUCACUUUGGAGGAGCUUUGGAAGGGCUGGAAAUCUUCUGAGGUUCAUAACUGGACUCAGGAGGAUGUCUUGAGGUGGUUAAGAGAGUUUGUUGAGUUGCCUCAGUAUGAAAAGGGCUUCAAAGAGCUGCGUGUCAAUGGGAACACCUUGCCCAGGAUUGCUUCCAAUGAGCCAUCAUUUAUGAGCACAUAUCUGAAGAUCCAGGACCAGCAACACAAACAAAAACUCAAGCUCAAAGCCCUGGAUGUAGUGCUGUUUGGCUCACCUACACGACCCCCACACAACUGGAUGAAAGACCUGGUUCUGAUAGUGUCUGUAGUAAUGGGGAUUGGCGGAUGCUGGUUUGCACAAGUACAGAAUAAAUCAUCUAAGAUACAUAUUUCAAAGAUGAUGAAGGACCUGGAAAGCUUGCAACGAGCUGAACAAAGCCUCAGAGACUUACAGGAGCAGUUGGAAAAGGCCCAAGAAGAGAAGCGCACAGUGGCAGUAGAGAAGAGGAAUCUAGAGGAAAAGAUGAGAGACGAGAUUCAGGGUGCUCAGGAAGAGGCCAACCGCCUGCACAAACUUCGAGAUGGAGCCGUGAGUGAACUCACCCGUCUUUGGUAUGCAGAAGAAGAGCUUCAACAGGUGCGUGAUGCAUUGAAGAGGGCCGAGAAAGACAUGCAGUACCUCUGGUCAGUUCCUGAAUCUUUGCAGCUGUGGCUACAGCUCUCCCAUGAGGUAGAGGUCCAGUACUACAACGUCAAGAAGCAAAGUGCAGAACAACAACUAUUCACGGCUAAAGAUGAGGCUGAGAAGAUCAAGAAAAAGAGGAGUUCUGUGUUUGGUACGCUACAUGUCGCACAUAGCUCCUCAUUGGAUCAAGUGGAUCAGAGAAUUCUGGAGGCCAAGAAUGCACUAGCAGAGGUGACUGCUUGUCUACGGGAGCGUUUGCACCGUUGGCAGCAGAUUGAGAGCUUGUGUGGUUUUCCUGUGAUGAAAAACGCGGGCCUGCCCAGUCUCACUGCUACACUCUACCCAGACCCCAACUGGAUGCUAAUGCCCCGGUCUGCAAUGCAAUCCUAUCAAGUGCCUGUUUCGGUGGAGGACAUGGAGGAAGAAAUACCUCAGAUUAUACCACAGAUUCCUGUCACAGUUGCACCUCUGAAAUGUUCUCCACGGUCUCUGGUACGCUCUCGCCGAUCUGGGCAUAUUGUGCCAUCACCUGUCAUCGUAUCACCUGACCCAGACCUCCUCAUUCCCAUACGAACUCCACUACGCCGAUAUGGAGAUGAAGAAGAAGAGCAUAUGAAAUUCUCCCCUCUUGUAAAACAGGAGUCUAUGGAAACAUCUUCGGAUACAGAUUCUAUCGGGUCCUCCAUCAGCAGAAUGUACAGCACCCUUGAUGUCCCACCUCGGAGAAAAUAUAUUUUCUCUGAUAAAAUGCCCCGAAAGAUCUCCCUGGAUGAACAAGACGACAGUCCCUCACGCAAAAUCUCGGAGGAGGAGAUGGACGAGUCUUUGUUAGUAAAUAACACCUCAAGGAAAGUUUCACGAGACGAACUGGACAUUAAUACUCCAUCAAGAAAGACAUCUAGAGAUGAGCUAGAGGCCUCUGUGGACCCUCCUAAACAACUGAGUAGAGGGGAAACUGAGGCCACCGUUGACUCAAGGAAAUUACCCAGGGAUCUACCUUUCGAUGCCACAAUGAGGUACUACUCUACAGAAAAGAUGUCUCCAGCAGCGAUCAGCAUGGAUAGUCAGAGACAACGAUCACUCAGAGAAAGAAAAGAUCAUAUGGACAGCAUUUCUAGAGGGAUACCAAAAGCAGAAUUUGAUACAGAGACCACAAGUGGAACUAGAUAUUCAGAUGCCUUGAACACUUCAAUUAAACACAAAGAAAACCGUGAUUUUACAACCAAUAUCCAGCGAGGAAGAGUGUUUAGGGAAAACUCCUUUGAUGCCACCUUUGAUAGUUCAGUGGAAAGCUCUAAAAAAUUUAAGAUGUUAGGCAAAACAGAUUCUUCCAAAGACAUCCCUUCACGAAUGAUGGCACAAGAUGAAUUUGAUGCGCCCAUGGAUUUUGAAAGACUAAAAAUAAGAGAUAUUUCCAUGGAUAUUGCUUCAAGGAACAUACUGAAAGAUGAGGUCGAGAGGAGCAAGUCCUUUAAAGAGAACAGGGAUAAUCGCAUGGAAAUUCCCUCAAAAAAAAUCUCUAGAGAUGAGCAAGUUGCAAUGGAGACACAACGAAUACAACGCAAAAUAGACAGCUCUGUGGAAACUCCCAUUGGUAAAAUACAGAGAGAGAUGGUGGGUCUAUCUGUGGAGGCUCCAAGGCGCAAGAUAUCGCAGGAGGAGUUUCUGGUUGCAAACCCAGGACAGUUUGGCCCACCUGACCUCACCGUUAGUUCCCUGAUGCUCUGGAAAACAGCCUCAGACUCGCUCAGCACACUAGUGUAUGACGGCAUUCUAGAAAAGUCCUACGAGAACCCUCUCAUGCCUAGUCCUGGGGAUCUCAGUCAUGCGGCUUCAAUGUCUUCCUCUUCCCUAAGCCUUCUUGGAAAUGAAGGUCAAUCUGCAAAUUCGUCUUCUUCAGAAUCUGGCGGUAAAGACAAGGGCAAGAAAUCUUCAAAGCUCAAGAACAUAUUCAAAAAGAAGAAGGAAAAGGAAAAAGAUAAGGACUCAUAAAGGUCAACAAGAAGUAGGAAUUCAGACACUUUUAAAAGGCCAAAAUCUCUUCUAAAACUGGUUUGGAAAGCUGCCUUGUAAACUAUAACAUUUGCAAAGCUAAACAUGCUGAAUGGAGUGUCCUUGGAUUUUCUUGCUAAAGGUUUUUCUUUGAUAUGCAGGACCCAAAACAAAUGAACCCCAGCAAAAUGGGUGCAAUGUUGUGAAACUAACAAUCAGAACUGCACUUUUUCAAGUGGGAUUAAGAGACACUGUACUGCGUAAGAUGUUCUGUACAGUGAAGCUGUUGAGUUAGAUAUUCAUUGUACAUUUUUCUUUCUUUAUUGCGGAUGUGUUCAUCAUUUGAAAUAAUUUGUGAUGAUGUACUGAGAGUUUUGCAUAUUAACAGAUCACUGUAGCACAACAAGCUUGACUUUAUUUAUUUCAUUUACUUGUUUUCACAAAACGUCAUUAAAAAUAAUUCAGGCAAAUGAAGACAAAACAAAACCAAAUAAUUAAAAGUUAAAGUAAUAUACUGUAUUUACUACAGGACUAGUAAUAAUGUAUGAAAAUUAAACUUUUAUUAAUUGCUAUUUAAUAAAUACAUUUAUUUAUAAAUUAAAAUUAAAUAUAUAUAUAUUUAUAAAUUUAAUAAUUUAGAAGCACAUGAUCAAAUAAGAUUACUUUUUUCACAAUUUUGCUAGUCCUCCUUAUCAUCCAAAGUUUAAAACUGCAGUUUAAUGAAGGAGGAUGAUAUUUGUUUUUAAUUAUAUGUUAUAUUUGGCAUCAAAAACCGACUUUUUUUUUUUUUUUUUUUUCAAAAUUUAGUUUACAGACUUUAUUGACCUUUUGACCUUGACUUGCACAUAUUUUUAUGACCUAUAUAAGUAUUAUUGUUGUGUCUAUCUGAUUUUAAUGUACAGUACAACACUUGGGGCAGCGUUUUUUUUUUUUUUUUUUUUUUUUUUUUUUUUUUUCUCGUUUUUUUCAGUAUGCAAUAUAAUAGAUUUGACUGGAGAAAUAUUCUUCUUGAAAUUACAUUUAUCCUAAUGACAUUUCAGAUAUUUUGUGGGAUCCUGCCCUUUUCCAUUCUAUAUGAUCAUGUGAAAAUAUAAAAUAAAAAUCAAAUUGAAAAUUUAUAUUAAAGGAAUGGUUCACCCAAAAAUGAAAAUUUGCUUAAUAUUUACUCACUAUCAGGCCAUCCAAGAUGUAGAUGAUUUAGAGAAAUAAAUCAUAUUUAUUCCCUUGCUUACCAAUAUAUCUUCUGCUGUGAAGUAUUUGUAAGAAUCAAAUACAUCACAACAUUUUAACUUUUCUCUUUUGGCCAAAAUACUCCUCAGUCCAGAGCAUAAUCCAUAAUAAUGCUCCUCCAUCCCCUAUUGUCCUCUCAGAACAAACCUAUCAACAUAUUUUUUUUAGAACUCUUUUCAAUCUGUACAUAUUCCUCUUAUGAUUCAGACAAGAUGACUUUUUCCACUGGAUUUCACUGGGAGAAAUUUUAUGGAUAGACGACUAGGUAAGUUAUAACAUCUUCGUGAUGGAUUUAUUUACAAACUUGUACUUUUUUACAAACUGGAGUUGUGAGGAUAACUUGUGGAUUAUUGUGAUUUUUAUCAGCUGUUUGAACUCUCUGUCUGAUGGCACCCAUUCACUGCAGAGGAUCCAUUGCUGAGCAAGAGAAUCUCUUAAAAAAAAAACAAGCUUAUCCACAUGGAUGACCUGAGGAUGAGUACACUGUCAGCUAAUUUUCUUUUUAGGGUGAACUAUUCCUUUAAUCAAAUUGGUUAACAUUGCUGGAAAUGUACAUUCCAGCAGGCAGGAGUUUACAGAUCUGUAUCACUUUGAAAAUAACCUGAUACAGUGAACACUUUUGAGGCAAAAAUUAGUGUCUGGAUUUGACAAACUUUGCAUGAUUAAUGACAACAAAUGUCUGUGAAUAUUUUAGAUAAAGAAUAAUAUUGAAAAUGUUUCAACCAUAUGACCUAAAGCAAUAGCAAAUAAACAAUACAUUUGGAGACACA